ACUGUCAAAAUUAUUUGUAUACAAUUUCAAUUUCAAACAAACAAGUUCAACUGCUGUGUUAAUUAUAUCAUAUUGUUAAUUUUUUAUGAUAAACUAUUAUUACAUUUUUCACAUGUUAUAGGAAAUCAAAGGGAUCUUAUGUCUAAGAUUAUGAAAUGAUCUUAGAGCAUUUCUUUAACCUGUUACAUUCACCAUGAGAAAGUUAUCAAUUUUAAAACUUUUACUUUUUAUAUGCUUUUGCUGUAUUAUCGUAUUUUUUUAUUCAAAUAGAAGUAAAUCUGAUAAAGGAAGCGAAACCUACGAAAAUAAUUAUUUUAAACAUGAAGACUACAGGCGUAGCACAUCGUCAACCAAAACUCAAAGAGUUGUGAUUUCAUUUGUGGUUUGUGAUUCAAGAUUCAAUGAAUCUUUAAAUGUUAUCAAAUCAGCAUUGCUUUUUACAAAAUCUCCCUUAUUAUUCAUUAUAUUCACGGAUCAAAAAUUAAAACCUCUCUUUAAGUCUACUCUGACUGAAUGGAAAAAUAUUAUUGGGGAAAAAUUGGAAUUUGAACUCCAAAGAAUUAAUUUUCCAGAAGCUCAUAAAGAUGACUGGAUGAAUUUGUUCAGCAAAUGUGCAGCACAAAGACUUUUUAUACCGACAUUGAUUCCACACAUAGAUGCUAUGAUUUAUGUGGAUACUGAUACCUUAUUUUUGGCACCUGCUGAAGAAUUGUGGGAUUCUUUUUCAAAAUUUAAUCACACACAAAUAUCAGCAAUGGCACUAGAAGAUGAUAAUCCAAAUGUUUCGUGGUAUCCUCGCUUCGCUAAACAUCCUUUUUAUGGAAAAUAUGGUCUCAACUCAGGUGUUAUGCUGAUGAAUUUAACAAGAAUGCGAGAAUUUGGCUGGGUUGACUAUGUUACCCCAAUUAUGUUGAAAUGGAAAUUGUAUAUUCCUUGGGGUGAUCAGGAUAUUAUAAAUAUUAUAUUCCAUUAUCAUGAAAGUGCAGUAUAUGUACUAUCAUGUCGAUACAAUUACCGCACAGACCAGUGUAUGUAUGGUGAUGCGUGUGCCGAUGCCACAAGUCAAGGUAUCUAUGUGUUACAUGGAAGUCGGAGAGCUUUUCACAACCACAAACAGCCUGCAUUUGAGGCUGUAUAUCAAGCUAUGGACGAAUAUGAAAUAGGAACAGAACCAAACAAUGUGUUGGUCAAAAUAGAACAGUAUUUUGAUGCAGCUCCGGAAUCUAAUUGUGGUAAUUUAAAGGAUGCCUUUCUUAAAGUUCCAAAACAGGUACUCAGUAAUACAUAUGUGAAACCAGAAAGGUAACAAUCACGAUUAUUUAUGAACUAAUAAUAAUUUUACAAUUUUUGUGAUAUAGUAUUGCAGACAAACUCACACCAGAAUUAUGUUUAUUUAACCAAAAACUAGAAAUAACAUAUUGUACACACUCCUCAGAAUAAUUGAAGAUAUAUUUUCAUAUAUUGUUUUGCAUAUAUGAUAGGUGUUUUGUUCUUGAUACAGGUAUUUUUGCCUACUCAUUUAACUUUCAUAAUGACCCACACUUGUGAGUAUCGUGAUCAAACAAUGGAAUAUAAAACUGACAAAAGUUUUUUUCCCCUAAAACAAAAAGAAACAAAUCCAUUUGAAAGUGGUAUUUUACUCAUUGCUACAAGGAUCAAUUUAGAUUGCGCUUUUUGAUUUACCUAUAAGUGUUCGACUUAACAUAAUCAUUUUUAAGCUAUUGCAUAGCUCCUAUCGCGGGCCUUGAGCGCGGGGACCGAAUCGAGAAAUUCCGUAACGAAAAAACCUCACGCUCCCCACUCCGACGGGCUC